UCCUACCUCCGCUCGGACUCCCGAUCCAUCACGACAGAGCCACCGCGGCUGGAACCAACGCCGCGAUUCAUGCGACCCCUUGCUCCCUUCUCCAAUCUGUGGCCACAGGGAGACUCCUCUGGAACCUCUUGUCUGAUUACCAACAUCGCCACAAGAGAAACGCCCCGAUCUUGUGCUCGCGGACCUCGAGGAGAUCCACCGCCCGGAGCAACUCCGGCGGCUUAUUCCGUCGAUUUUGGACCCUACCAAAUCGAGCCCCUGGACCUCAUCCCGAAGCUCACCGGCGACCAUCCCAUCUCCAGCCGCACGCCCUCGUCACUACUGGACGCCUUGGAACACUCCGUGGAGUCCUUUGACUUCACCGUGCUGAUACACAUCCGCCAGUGUGAUUCCCGAGCCUCGUGGACCACUGGAGCCGACGCCAUCGUCAACCACAGCCGCACCACCGCCGUGUUCUUCUCCGGCGAAGAUUCUGAGUUAUCAGAAAUUGUGAGUGUGACGAUCUUCAUCAAAUAUACCAGGCAAGUUACACCUUGAUCAUCCUUCAACCUAUUGUUUUUUCUAUGCAUGUAGUUCUAUAUCACAUUACUAUAUUAUGCACGUGUAGGAAUAUGCUAUUGCUAUUGAGAUGCAGCUAGUAUGGCCUUAUUGUAGAACGUGGUAGUGUAUUUUUGUUAUGACAUGUAGAUGGGGAUUUGUUUGUGUAUUCAUCGAGAUUAUGGACGGACAGGGUUGCAUCAUGGUUUCUUGUUCCUUUUCUAAGGACAUGGACCAUGGCUAAGUGCACCCAAACGGUAUUGCUGGGUGGUUUCAAGAACAUCAUGGUUUAUACCCUCUGAAUGUAAGUGGGUGUCGUCUAGGCUCAAAAUGAUCAGACAGACUUAGUGACUAGUAGCUUCCAUGUACAACCACUGGCUAAUAUGGGCUCUGGCUUAGUUGAUCAGUUGUGGAGACCUUACCUAGAUGUGCCAGCAGAUGUAGCUAUGAUAGUUGGGAUGGGCCUCCUGUGGGACUAGGCAACUGCUUCUGGAAGACUUUGUACCAAUCUUCGGGUUGAUUCCAGUGGAUAAAGUGUACAGACCUCUGAAGUGUGUAUAAACUAAUCAUGAUUAGUCGUGUCCCCGGUUAUGGACAAAUUUGAGGGACUAUGCCAUUACAGUUGUUGGAUGAUCUUGACAGAUGUGACACUUAAUAAUAUUUGUGGGAAACUUAAUAAAGGGUAGGUUGGAGUUGAUUUUGCCAACUCAACCUUGUGUAUAUAAUUGUAGAAAUAAAAGAACUAAAUAAAAAUCUGACUAUUAGGUAGUCAUGAGGACAAAAUCAGCUUUUUGCAAAAUAAACCCCAAGCCUUCCUUUUGUUAUACUAUGCAUAUACAUGUAGGUCUGCUUUAUUAUUACUCGUGUGUAACU